UCAUCUUCCGUGAUCCGUGACCAACUUUCUCCAACUUCCUAAUCUAAUUUUAUUUGUUUAGAAAUGGCGCGUUAUUUCAAAGAACAAGAUAUCGAUGAAUUCCGUGAAUGCUUCUACCUGUUUGCGAGAUCUGGACAGAUCACGUCAUUGGAUGAGCUGACUGUAGUGAUGAGGUCUCUUGGCAUGAGCCCUACUAUACAGGAGCUAGCAGGAUACCUGAAGGGCAAGGGUGGGAAGAUGUCAUUUGCUGACUUCCUAGAGGUGAUGCAUAUACACUCGCGCGCCGAAAACCUGCCCAUGGAGGUAGUGAACGCGUUCAAGGCGGGUGACUCGGAGAAGCGUGGCGUGAUCCCUGCGCGCCAGCUGCGCAACCUGCUGCAGAACUGGGGAGAGGGCCUCUCCGCCAGGGAGAUAGACAACAUCUUCCGGGAAGCCAACGUGUCGAGCGGCGGUACCGUGCGGUAUGAGGACUUCGUCAAGAUCGCCUGCGCGCCAGUCCCGGACUACUACUGAUUUUAUAUAAAAUCUAUAACCUAACCACAAAAUUCAAAUUUUGAAAAAACCUCCGACUGCGACAUAGUAGACCGAUUUUCAUGAAACAUGGCUAAGAACACUCCCGACUCAGAUUUCAGACAAAAUAAAC